CUUCCUACCACCUGACUACGAUGGCAUCUCAAGAUCUAUCCUACCUGUUUGAAGUCGUUCUCUUCAAGCCAAACAAGGCCGACCCCGCCUUCACACGGGAGAAGACCGCAGCCGGCGUGGCCAUCCAGAGCACACACACGGACUUAGUGCGCUAUGCGCUCGAGGGGGUCAAGACGGAGGACGACAGCAUCGUCCUGAGGAUCCUGGAGUGGACAUCGUUUGAUGGACACAUGCGUUUCCGUGCGAGCGACCUAUACCCAAAGUUCCUCGCUGCGCGUGAAGGCGCUGCCCUUUCCGUCAUCUCGCUCGCCCACUUCCACUUCUUUGGUCCUCUGGAGUUCACCACCCCCGUCCCCGUGUACGAAGUGAUUAAUAUCACGUUGAAGCCUACUGCCUCUACACCCGACAACUUCCCAUUCUUCCUCAGCGCCAUCCGGGAGGCGCUCGAGAUCGUCGGCAGCUAUCCAGGGAGCAAGGGAUAUAAUCUUGGGUGGCAGAAGGAAGACCCGACCAAGGCGCUCGUCUUCAUUUCGUGGGAGAGCGUGGAAGCGCAUAUGGAGGACUUUAGGAAGAGCGGGGAUAAGGGUUGGAACAAGUUCGUCGCUAAAUGGGGCCCGGCGAGUGGGCAAUACUUUGACAUUGAGGAAAUGUUCCAUGUCAAGGUUGGCAAGAUCGGCGAAGCGGUGUGAGAUGCAGAGAUGGGAACGUAGGAGAGUCGAGCAUCUCAGAUGAAUAUAAUGAAGCAGCUAGAAUGUCAAUGGCAGAAAUGAU